ACUUACUAGACUUAAUGUACUUUAAUUGUAAGUCAGGAUAUACAUUGCUUUAUCUUGCUGUGCUGUCUGGUGGGUGCGCCAUCCAUGGUCACAUUUUUAUCCAAUUCAUCUUCGGUAGCAAAUUAGUUACUAAACGAGUGUUUUGUUUUAGCAAGGAAAGGUGACAAUGCUGUUACUGUUAUCUGAGUUCUCCCUGUGACAGCUUCAAGACUGGAACUACCAACACAACGUUUUCAACACAAGAUAAUCUGAUGUUCAGGUUUAUGUGUGCGUGACCUGACGAAGUCCUGUGAUCUCAUGUGCUCUUCCUGCUUGACAGGUAAAGGAAAGUAGCCUCUGAGUUUAGUUCCUGGAUGCCUGGAGCAACCGGGGGGGGUUGGUUUUAAUAACAUUAGUGAAAAAUGGGUUUUGCUCUUGGUAUAUCUUGCAGUUUGAAGACCUAGCUAGGUAUGAAUUGGCUGUGCUUUAGUCUGAAUGCACCAAGCCAGUUCAAUGGCAUCCAUGAAAUAGUUUGGAAAACAGGUUUUUCAAGGUAGCCAGACUGUUCUGUAAAUAAGUAAACCUGCCAUGACCAUUCUUAACGACAAAAAGGGAAUGCAGAAUUCAGGUCUUGUGUUACCAAUGAUUACUGAAGAUAAAAAUGGGCUUAAGAAAGACUCUGGUUUCCAGCACAGCAGAGGGGACUACCCUCCCGCCUGCCAAAAUACCAUGUGUACGCCAGGGUGUAUACUCCUCUGUGAAGCAGAGUAGUAGCUCUUGCCCAGAAUGAGUCCUUAGGACUGGGGCACUGGUUGUUUACUCCAGGCAGGAGCAAUUCUGCCCUUUUUAGCUGGGGAGAGAGGUGUGUGCAUGGGCAGAGAAAGCAGCACCCAGUGGACAGAUGUGGCUCUCCAUGGAGUGGAUGUUUUCCUGCUCUGCUUUUUCCCAGUGCAAACUUGAUGAAUUGAACAUCAACUCUCCCAUACACAGCUAGCAGACACAAUAAUGACAUUGCUUGCUUUUGACCUUGUGCUCCUUCAAACCAUGUGGAAUUAGGGUUGUUUCAGUACACAGGGGUUGGCACAGUGUCGACCUCUCCAAAGUGCAGGGCAGCAAAGAAGAGGAGCCCGCUCCAGCAGGUUUUGAGCAUCAUUCUGGGACUUUGCUCUGAGCUAUGAUGAGUAUCUGUGUGAGAACUUGCUGUUUGCUGGUGUCUCCCCCGCUGUAGCUUGAAGGAAAAUGUAUUUAUUGCUUUCCCCAGCCUGUAACAUGUAUUACAUGUGUGGUAUUUAGUAACCUGCAUCCAAUUUGUUGAAGACUUGAGGCCUAAUAAUGAUCACCAGGAUAAAGGGUUCUUUGGAAUUGCCAAGUGGAUGCACUGAUAACAUCGUCUGUUGUGAUGGUUUGAACAGUAUGUGGUGUAGUAUAAAGGAAUCUGUAAAUCCAUCACUAAGCCUAGCCCCAAGGCUCUUCUGCUUCUGUAGGAAAAGGAUUAGGUGAAGCUGUUCCUGAGUAACUCCAUGUCUUCAAGACACUGGAGGAGAUCGUUUCUUCUUACCUGGAAGUGGUGAUUCAUUUAAUUUGCCCGUGAUGUCACCAUGGAAAAAAGGAACACGAGCACCAAAAAGUUCACAGGAAAAUGAAGUUCUCAGAAAAAGCAUUUUUGGUGACUGUCAACAAUAGAAACUAUGAACAUCCAUUUGGUACAAAUGCUGUUUGUUCAAGUCUGUCACCUCUUCAUAGGGAAUUCUUUCUGUAGCUGUCACUAAGAAGGCCUAGGUUUUGUGCUUGGAUAUUAAAAAUGGUUUCUAAGACAGAAUUGAGUUUCACAAGCAGCUGAAUGCCUGUUCUGGUGGUGCUUCACCAGGUUUUCAAGACAAACCUGCAAGAAAGGAAAUGUUUUAUGUCCCAAAGUAUAUUGUUCAAGGUAUUUCACUUAAGAGAAAUAUAUAUAGGACUUCUUACUACAGUGGGUUGCGUUAAUCAAGACUUGAAUGAUAAGCUGACAUGCUUUGAAUAUGAGUUUUGAGUCCUUAUGUGCAAAGUCUUGUGUCAAGUUAGUAGUUGAGAUGUUUUAUUAUCUUGUAAAGCGUGACUGCUGUUCUAAUCCUGAAGUAUAUGAGUGUCCUGAAUAUAUAUGAGAGUAAAGUCCUGAAGUAUGUGAGUGUAUUCCAGACAGAGGUAUUGUGUUUUCUGAGCCUGACAGGUAGAAAUUCCUGUAGUAUGCUUGCUGCUGUCUUAUUCCAGCUGGGAAUACACAAGUACAAGCAGUGCUGGACCAGAAUGAAGCUCGAAGGUUGGGAUUUUGUUUCACAAAGCAUGUAUUUCACCUCAAACAAUGCCAGCCCAAGGCUUGGCAAGGAAAUGUCAUUAAAUGUCAUUCACACAUCCUCAUUUUCUGUGAUACUUCCUCUUUCUGGCUUCUUCCAGAGGGCAGGUGUGGUGUUACUACUGAAAACCCUCCAGGACUGCCACUAACCCAUGUCACUAAGGGCCAUAGAAGGUUUUAUCCUUCAUUUUAGUUUAAUAUCCAUUUGUUGGAGAUGGGGUGUUGCAGAAGAGCCAGUUUUAGUGGAGGCUUGUGAAGGUUUCUCAGAGUGGUGAUGGACCUGCUGGAGUGGUGUCUAAAAUGGGAAUCUUUGCUUACCUGAACUACCAUGUUCCCCGGACAAGACGGGAGAUCCUGGAGACCCUUAUCAAAGGGCUGCAGCGGCUGGAGUACAGAGGCUAUGAUUCUGCAGGUGUGGGAAUUGAUGGCGGAAACGACAAAGACUGGGAAGCUAAUGCCUGCAAAAUCCAGCUUAUCAAACAGAAGGGGAAAGUGAAGGCUCUGGACGAAGAGGUUCACAAGCAACAGGACAUGGACCUUGACAUCGAGUUUGACGUGCACCUUGGAAUCGCCCAUACCCGCUGGGCCACCCAUGGCGAGCCCAGUCCCAUCAACAGCCACCCGCAGCGCUCGGAUAAAAACAAUGAGUUCAUCGUCAUCCACAACGGCAUCAUCACCAACUACAAGGACCUGCGCAAGUUCCUGGAGAGCAAGGGCUACGACUUCGAGUCGGAGACGGACACGGAGAGCAUCGCCAAACUGGUCAAGUACAUGUACGACAACCGCGACAGCGACGACAUCAGCUUCACCACCCUGGUGGAGAGGGUCAUCCAGCAGCUGGAAGGUGCUUUCGCCCUUGUCUUCAAAAGUGUUCAUUAUCCUGGUCAAGCAGUUGGUACCAGGCGAGGCAGCCCCCUGCUCAUCGGGGUGCGCAGCGAGCACAAGCUCUCCACUGACCACAUCCCCAUCCUCUACCGGACGGGGAAGGACAAGAAGGGAAGUUGCAACCUGUCUCGUGUGGACAGCACCACCUGCCUUUUCCCUGUGGAGGAGAAAGCUGUGGAGUACUACUUUGCUUCUGAUGCUAGUGCUGUCAUUGAGCAUACCAACAGAGUGAUUUUCCUGGAGGAUGAUGAUGUAGCUGCUGUGGUUGACGGCCGUCUUUCCAUCCACCGCAUUAAGCGCACGGCGGGCGACCACCCUGGACGGGCUGUCCAAACCCUGCAGAUGGAGCUUCAGCAGAUUAUGAAGGGUAACUUCAGCUCAUUCAUGCAGAAGGAAAUAUUUGAACAGCCAGAAUCUGUCGUUAAUACGAUGAGAGGAAGGGUCAACUUUGAUGACUACACUGUAAAUCUUGGUGGGUUGAAGGAUCACAUCAAGGAGAUUCAGAGGUGUCGUCGUUUAAUCCUCAUUGCCUGUGGGACGAGCUACCAUGCUGGGGUUGCGACCCGCCAGGUUCUGGAAGAACUGACUGAAUUACCUGUUAUGGUGGAACUGGCCAGUGACUUCUUGGACAGAAACACCCCUGUCUUCAGAGAUGAUGUUUGCUUUUUCCUCAGCCAGUCAGGUGAGACAGCAGAUACUCUGAUGGGUCUUCGGUACUGCAAAGAAAGAGGAGCCUUAACUGUAGGAAUAACCAACACAGUUGGCAGCUCCAUAUCGCGGGAGACAGACUGUGGUGUCCACAUCAAUGCAGGACCAGAGAUUGGCGUUGCCAGCACCAAGGCCUACACCAGCCAGUUUGUCUCCUUGGUGAUGUUUGCUCUGAUGAUGUGUGAUGACAGAAUCUCCAUGCAGGAGAGGCGCAAGGAAAUCAUGCGUGGGCUAAAGGGACUGCCAGAUUUAAUUAAAGAAGUGCUGAGCAUGGAUGAUGAGAUCCAGAAGCUGGCCACGGAGCUAUACCAUCAGAAGUCAGUUCUCAUCAUGGGACGUGGCUACCAUUAUGCUACAUGUCUUGAGGGAGCUUUGAAAAUCAAAGAAAUCACCUACAUGCACUCUGAAGGGAUCCUGGCGGGUGAGCUGAAGCACGGCCCUCUCGCGCUGGUGGACAAACUCAUGCCUGUUAUCAUGAUCAUCAUGAGAGAUCACACGUAUGCAAAGUGCCAGAAUGCUCUGCAGCAGGUCAUUGCACGGCAAGGGCGACCUGUUGUGAUUUGUGAUAAGGAAGACAUCGAGACCAUUAAGAACAACAAAAGAACAAUCAAAGUUCCCCAUUCAGUGGACUGUCUGCAGGGAAUCCUGAGUGUUAUCCCCCUUCAGCUCCUGGCUUUCCACCUUGCAGUUCUCAGAGGAUAUGAUGUUGAUUUUCCAAGAAAUCUGGCCAAGUCCGUAACUGUAGAGUGAAAGAUCAUCUGAAUCAUAGGGGCAAAGGGGGAUUAAAUGAAAGACUUUUUUUUGGUACCAAAAUAACUUGAUUUUAAAGUCCCCUAGGUAAAUCUUAUUUUGGUAAAUCAUUGUUUGUGUAUAAGAUCACCAUAAUUCCAUUACAUUAGUGAUUGUCAGAUUGAUUCCACGUGCUAUGUCAAUAGCUUUGGGGUUUUUUGAACAAUAGACUUCCAUGAAAGAUGUUCAGUGGUUUUCUUUAAAGAUGACUGAGUCUUCUAGGGAAGGGGCCUCCACUUUACAACAAUGUGAUUGUUUCUUAUCCACUGUGGCUCACUCCAGUUGUUGAUGGAACCAUGGAACACCAUGGAACAUGUUACCUGUCGUGCUCUCAGGCAGUGAAGCAGGAUACCAGAGUAUCCAACGGGAACAAGAGCUGCUACUGGUCGUGCUUGUGCAGAUAGUUUAACAGGUAGCAUUGGGGGUAAAUUUCUGCCUCGUGUACAAAAGGGAAUUCAACUGACCUGUCAGCCUUCUAAAGUUCAUGUGCUAAGAAAGCAGUGUGGCUUCAGCAGGAUUUUACCUGUGCCAAAUACUUUGCCAGUGACAAUCGUGUGGACUCGGUGGGCCACAACACAGUGUAACACCAGUGUAGACCUGUAGUUGUGCCCGUGAAGACAGUGGAACUCAUGCCUUCAAGUAUAAAUGGAAGCUGUGGCCGACUUGGUGUGGAGGCUCCAAGUGGGAGAAGGAGGAAAACCAGCAGUGCUCAGUCUGUGCUGGUGUCUCGUUGCUGUUGGUUUGGGCUUUUUUGAAUACAAGUCUGUCUGUAUUGAGGAUUCCCCCUCUUGAACUGAGCACUGUGGCUCUAUAACACGUCCUGAGGAACCAGCCUUGUGCUGCUGCAGGUCACUGAGUAGUCAGAAUGUGUAGAAGAGAGUUUCUACCUUGUAUCUACAGAAGAGAGGGCACUAGAGUCCCCCUCCUGAGGCUCGCUGCCUUAGCCACAGUCCUGUAAUGAAAACACAGGUUCUGGGGUGAUCAGGAGCAGGUUUUAUGUGACUUGUGUCAAAUUCAGCUGGUUUAAAAUUGGAAUGGCUAGAAAAGGCUCUACAGACACAACAGAAAUACAUACCUUGGUAAUAGUUUUAUAACAAGCUUGCAGAGAAUCGGCAAUGACACACAAAAUCUACCUUCAGGACUUAAUACAGACUUUUUCAAAGCCAUUAAAGGGCAGUUAGCCAUGUAGUUCCCCUAAUGCAAAAAGGUGAAUUUCCUACCAGCUUGAUGGGUUCUGAAUUGGCUUUACACACACCCCAUAGAAAGCAAAACCCCCUACAGGGUGUGAAGCGACACUUGCCACGUGCUGGUGAACGUUCCCCAUCACUCACUGCCCCUGAGGAAUGGCUCUAACACUGCCACUGCCCCUUAAAAGCUGGUUCUCCCUGCACAGGGGACCACUGUGUCUGUAGCAAUUCUGGUUUAUGUAAAAACCACAGCAACUAUUGAGCUUCAGUUCGGUGUCAGCUCAAGGCUUAGUUUUAUUCUGAGUAUGAGAUGCUGGAACCAGCUUCUCAACCAAUCUAUGUAUGUUUAUUAAUACACAGAAUUCAGGCUGUUCAUCUCCAAACACACUGUGCUGCCAGUGUCUGUUUAAGAACAAAGUAGUAAAUACUGCAUUUUAUUUGUACACUGACUAUGCCAGUUACAUGCCUCUGCUUAAACAUGACCAGUGACUUCCCUGCUUCAGCUGGAGAAGAUGCUUGUCCUUAAGGAAAAGCCAGCUCGUGUCCAGUGCUAACAAAGUGAAGACAGUUCCUCUUCCUCCUCCUCUCAUUCAGCUUGUGUAAGAGAAACUGUGCAGACCUGUUGAGCAGAGGGCUGGAACAGGCAGUUUCCCCCCAGCACAAGGACUUGCAGUGUCACAUCCUCUGUUCUCAUUAGGAAGGGGUCUCAUGUGAAAGAACCCUGCAAAAGGAAUUAUUUAAAGCCCUUUUCCUCCUAUUCCACUCAGAAGAAAAGCAGCCAGCUUUGCUUUUCUCAAGCCUUGUACGGGUGACUGUCCACUGGUUUCCCAAGUCUCCUCACAACCAGGAUGGUUGAUAUCCCUGUUACAAUACAAGUUGCUGUUCAGUAGUUGGAUAAUUCAGGCUGUUAAAUAUUUAUGAGUAAGUUGUACACAAAGAGGACCAAAGAGCAGGAGUCUGAGUUAGACAUGUCCGACCCUCACGUCGGGUGUAACUGUACAGAUAGUGCUGAGCUAUUUGCUUUUCUGCUGGGAUAGAUAAACCCUUAUUCUUUGUAAUUUAAGACAUUAAAACUCAUGACAGAUUCCUCACUGUCAGAAGGAAGGUAGCAUUCACCCUCUGCAUCCUCCCGGUCGCCACCACACUGCCUGAAGCGCAUAAACCCGCCUGCCAGGACAGAGGUUUACUCGCUACUUGCAACUCUUGUAAGGCUGUUGUAAGGUUAAAUAGCAAAGAAUGUCACGGAGCACACUUGCUAUGAAGAAUUCCUCUGCUGAGCGUGGUAGGGCAUGGUUCAGCAUCUCACUGCUGGUGGUUGCCAUGGCUGUGAGGUGCAAGUGUAUAGAGGACUCCCUUUGGCUUCCCUUUACCUCAUCUCGUCUUGGUGUGAUGCAUUUUGAUGAACAGAUGAUGUUUCUCUUUUCCUUAGGCAACUUUUAGGAUGUCUCGUGGUAUUUAUUAACAGCUAGGCAGUCUUCUGCUCUCCAGAAUGAAUGUUUUGCUUACUGAGCCAGUAAAAAUUCCCUCCUUCCUAACUGAAGUGUUUAAAAGUUCAAUAGCCCUGUCACUAAAAUUGAGCCACAGGUAAACACAGAUAAAGGCCUUUGCAUUUGGAACAGCAGCUGCCUCUUACUGAGUACUUUUGACAAUUUAUCUCUAUUUAAGUAGCUCUUUUCCUCAUCUACAUCAACAGAAGCCUAAAGAGAAGCACAUGCCUGUAGGUCUUAAGGGGUUUUAAUCACCAAAGACCAGAGAACCUUCAUCUCUGCAUGUGUUGUUUCUGCCCAACAGACCUCAAACCAAGUCCACACUGCUCUAAGGCUAUUCCACACCAAUAGAAAAUUAAGUUGUACAUGGAAUAGCCUCUGUCAGGGAGGUUUUUCCCUCCUGGCUCUACUGAGGAAGGGCUGUAGAUAGUUGUAUCCUCAAUUUGUCGGAUGAGUGAGUACUGCCUGUGUGCCUGUUCCUACAGAGAGCCCAAACCAGCCCUUGGGCAGCCGUGUCCCUGUAAGGUGCAGCAGUGACACAGCAAAUGCCAUCUCCUUUUAGCAGGGUCCGACUUGAAGCUGAUUUAGGUACCACUAACACGGGGCUGCUCGUCCAGCCCCAGAGCUGAAAACCCCCAAUGGGCAAGUCUCAACCCCUCUGUAUGAAAGAGCUUCACACAGACCAUUUCCCAGUCAAGCAGGAGGGAGCUCAUGGACACAACACAUAAUGGUGCUUGGUUCGGAGCCUUAAAACUAGCCUAAACACACCAGGUUUGGUUAAGCUGCAGAUUGAAGCAUCUAAAGGCAUAAGGAAGCCCAACACGUGAGUGUGAAAUUGGGCUUUUCCCCUUUGGAGCUGCCACGGGCAGCCCUUGACCCCACGAGUAGGUGCCCAGCGUGUGGAUGAAGGGAGGGAUUGGAUUGAGCUCUUGAAGCAGCACAUCCGUGUUUAGCUGUGGCUAAUUUUAGAUCCUACCUGGAUGUACCAAACUUGCCUCAAAGCGUGGAGUCCCUCCUCUGCAUCAGGAACGGGAAGAAGAAGCAACAAGGAAGUGUUUGUUUUGAAUAAAAGGAAAGAAAACUCUUUGCCUUCCAUUCAGUUUGUGUCAACAGACAUUUGAAGUGGCAAAUACCCCCGUUUCUUCCCUCCUAGCUCUCUCUGCCUCUGCUUGUACAUAACCCAGCUGGCUUGGUUAGUGGGGACCAGUCUGUACCUUGUUUCCUGUUGUGUGCUGUAUGCAGAAGAUGUCUUUUCUUUUGUCUGUAGUGUUUUAUAAGUUGGGUUUUGUCUUUUUGCUUACUCUUUUUGUAUCUCACCCUUUGAAUAAAAUCAAGUGCCCUACA